ACCAUGACCCUGGGCAUCUGGAGAUCAUCUUCAUCCAGCUGCAAACUUAGUUUGACAACUGGUAUGGAAAAUACAAGAAGCCCAUCAUACAGAGCGAGUAUGGGGCGGAUGCUGUGGCAGGCCUAUACAACUUUGAUGGAAUGUUCCGGUUCUUUUCCUUCUCCUCCUCCGGCUCCCAUCAUCCCCUCAUCACAGACCAUGCCUUUAACACCUCCAGCCCCGCCCCCUUCCCAUCUCAGACCAUCCGUCUCUGCUUUAUCCUGUGCCCUCCCACCUGUCCCAUUACCAGGACCACUUCAAACCCCGCCCCCUCUAGGAUGGGCGGAGCCUGGAGUCCCAGCCAAAUACAAGACGCAUGGGUAUACAGCGGUAUAAGGCGGUUCAGGAGCAGAGAGCGAUGAGGAAGUGUUCAGAAAACAACGUGGCCUCCAUCCUGUCCAGACGCAUCGCCGUCGAGUACUGACUGAGACUGAACACACACACACACACAUUUUAACUCUUACCCAGGUUCACCACAAGGGAGCGCUCUGCUCUAAACCUCAGAAACUACACACAUUGCUUUUUAGGUGUUACUGACUUUAUGUGCUGCACAAAGUAUUGGCACCCCCUUUUCGAAACACAACUUAUCUCCCGCAUUAAUAGAUAAAGACCAGCAGAUAUGUUUCAGAAAGAUAACACACACAUUAAUGCACAUUAAUUAUUCUUAUUUAUUUAUUAUUUUAUAAUUCUGUUCUGUUGAGCUUUUCAACCUGCUGUGUGAAUAAGAUCCUGGAUUUAGAUUUACACCAAAUGCAAUCUGUUUAAUUGAUGAGGUAACAUAAUUUCACAAUAUGCUUCACUUGUAGAGAUUUCAAAUGUUAUAAAUGGAUUAUAUUUAAAAAUAUAUUUUCAUAAAAAUAACCACUAAGGAA